AUGGGUAAGGAAAAGGUUAUCAGGGUAGAGGAUAUGGCGAACGUGUUGGACGAAGAUGAUAUGACGAAAGGGGGCAAAGUCCGAACUAGUGAUGACGAACCCUACUUCCAAGCAGUGUCGCGAUGUGUAUUUUUAUAUCGAUUCGAAAAAUUGGCUGAUCGGUUCGACUGGGAUCACGACGAAGUGUCCACUACUAACGUGGAUCCCUGGACCGCCGAAGAUAAGUUAGGAUUCGAAGCUCAUCGGGCAGAUGUGAACAAAUUGGUGGAAUAUCCCGAAGGCCUUGACUGGAAGACCAUAUCGGGCAUAAGUAAUUCGAUCCAUCACCUGUGCCAAGGUACCGAUGCGCAAGGACCCUUCGAUGAUUCAGAGUCUGAAGGCGAGGAGGCGAAAGAGGAUCAGGUUCCGCCUUCUUUGAAGGAGCAGCAAGUGGUCAGCGCUUCGGCCGACCCCUCUAAGAAUCAAAAAAGGAAAAGAGGGCCAAUGGAUUCUUCGCAGAAUUUGAAGAAAAACCCCAUCAUCCCAGAGAGUGAGAAAAUCCAGAGCACCCUUCCGCCGAUCACCCCUGUAACUCCGUUGGCUUUCCAGAAUCCUCUGGCUUCCGAUGAGCCACCAUCAGGGGAUUCAUUCCUUCGAUAUCUGGCCUCCAAAGGUCAUGCUUUGUGCUCGUUGGAUGCCUUUAGCCGUCGUAUUUGGCACUUGGAGGCCGAAAAUCAAUUUGCGGCGAAGCAUUUAAAGGAGAACACUCAGAGAUUGAACAACGCAACCUCCGAAGGCUCAAGCCGAAGGAAAAAGCAUCGAACCAUUCUGGCUAAGUAUGCCGAUGAGGAGGGUGAUGGGAAGACAUCGGCCAUUCGGCUGAGGCUUCGGGAUUUGAACUUGGACACCCUCCCAGUCAGGGAGGAGAUAUCUAAGAUUGCCCCGCUGGUUUCUUCUCUAUCGGACAUCAAGAACGUCAAGCGUUUGCCCUCCAAGUUGUUCGCCAUGUUGAAGGGAGUGAUUACUCCUCCCCGAUCACCAGCAGGUCCUGAUGAUCCUCCGAAGGUCAUUGUUGCGGCUUCUGUUAACACCGGGGGUUCGGAUGGGAAUGGGACAAGGAACGAGAAAGAGUCUACGCAUGAUGAGAUCGAGAAAAAAGAAGGUGGUGAAUCGCCCCAUCCUGGUGAUCGAUCAUAUGGUGCAUCGUCCCAUCCUGGUGGUCGAUCAUAUGGGGGCAACCCCCAUACCCCUGGUAGUUGGUUCGAUGGCAAUGUUCCGUGUAUACAAGUGAAAAUUCCUGAUCCUUUUCAUGACCCAAUGAAAUAUCCCUACUUUGCUGCCAUUGGUGAGACGUUAAUGGGCUUCCCUGUAGAUCGAUCAGUGGGUCGAUCGUCCGACCUAGAAGAACAAUUGAAGGAAACCCUAGCGUUGAUUCAAACCGAUGACAAAGGGAUUUUGCUUCAAAGGAUUGAAGAUUUGGAAUGGACUGUAGAAGACCUUCGGGAGCAGCUUGUGCAAACCGAAGAUUACUAG